AUGAUCCAGGGUAUAAGGGCUAGUUCUGAUGGGGAUAUCGAUCCCGAUGGGAGGUGCGGCUUAAACAGAGCAAACGAUGGGAUGAGGGAAGCUGCGGGUCGGGAGACUAGUGAUGAACCAGUUAAAAUGCUGGCAGAUGAGGUUUAUACGAUGUCUGAAGCUAUAAAGAGUCUGGAGAAAUUAUAUGAGACUAGGGAUAUCACUACAACGGCCUCUAUUGAAGAACUUUUUACUACUUUAAAGACGUUAUCACAUAAUCAGACCAUACUUGAAAACAAAUUGGAGGAUGCAUUGAAGAAUCAGAUGAAUACAGACGUUUUAGUUAAUAGUCUCAACUCUAGGAUGAAUCAAUUGUCUACUACCGUGGCAAACUUAUCUAAAGUGGCUUCGUCGGGAGCUGCUAAUGCAAGCCGUAGUGAUUCGUCGCAAUCAGUGGCUACAAAUGGUACGGAGCAGUCUAGACCUCCGUCGGUUCGUCGUGGCCCUGGAAGGCCGAGGAAGGAUGGAACUAGUAGGUUUACUGAUAACAGUAGGCUGCAGGUCAAUCCGGUGAAGAUAAGCUUGCCGACUGGCGCCGUACAGGUAUCAAAGGCUAAGAAAUACUUUGUGGAUCCAAAUGCUCCACCAGAGCCUAUACCCGUGGUUAAGAGUGAGCCUCAGGAAGUUACAGAUGCUCCAGCUAUUCCAGCAAAGAGGAAAAGAGGUAGACCUCCUAAGAAGAGAACUGUUGAUACUAUGGUGGCUCAAAAGAAUGAAGUUAAAAAUGAUGCCAAACCUAAGGAAGAUGUUGUCGAGGAGACUCCGAGGGAGAAAACUCCUCAGCCUGCUGAACAUGAACUCGUACUGUUGCAGCCCUCAGAGCCCCUGGAACCUGUGAUGCCCACAGAGCAACCAAUGGCAAUUGCUACUGCAUCUCCAUCCAUGUCGGUGUCACCUCCAAUUACAUCAAGAUCGUCGUCUCCUUCUUCUCAUAUCGCUAAUUUAAUACCCUCGGCAGCAGCGACCGCCGAAACCACUGAUAACCCUGAGAAUGAGAACGACAAAGUUGGCACAAUUCCUACCGAGAAUCCUAUCAUAACAACCCGCAUAAUUGGGCCACUAGCACGUAAGAGGCUUUUGGGAGCCACUGCCGAUAGCGAUAACAUAAUGAUUGAGAUGUCAUCUUCAUCCGUGGCCCCUGAUAACGGGCUUGAGAGUAGUUCAAACAUCAGUCGACAGCAGAAAGAGCUGGACAAAAGGCGAGAUUCGCGUGAGAAGAUGCUUGUAAACAUGAAGUACAGCGAUAGGGAAAAGGCCAAAUCUUUCAUGGAGUCGAAUAAAAAAUUAUUAAAAGCUAUGAGAGAAGAAGAAAGGCGAAAGAGGAUGACAGCACUAAUAAACGGAUCUUCUAGUGUGUCUCCCUCAGAACAGCCUUCGCCAUCUGCUACACCCACAGAGCCAGUGCAAGAAUCCGCAUUCCAAGCCGACAACGCAUUACAGAGAUCCAAAAAGAUAGGCAUAUCAUCAAUGCUUAACAAUGAUGGGACAGCAGCUCUGAUUGAAAAUCCGGAAGAGCUGCUCAGCCGUGAACGAUCACAUGAGGCUGACUUUCAAGACUUUACAGAUGACGAAGACGAGGAUGACGAGGAUGACGAAGAAAGAUAUAGAAAAAGAAUAUCCUCAAAUCAGUCACCUUCUCCAUCCACACAUCUUUUUGAUAACUCUCCAGCAUUCGAGAAAGAGGGGACUCUAAGUACCAGAAAAGGUGAAUCACAAGCAUCACUGAUACUGGCUUCCCCAAUAGAAUUACUAUGUCGAGAUGGGUUCUUUUAUCAAAGGGAUAAUCCCAAAGUCCCCAUAACCACAGGAGCGUACCUUGGUUUCAAAUAUAAAUCCAAAGAAGACGAGCUGGUAAAACUGAAUGAUAACCAUCGAGAUUUCGUCGAUAAGACGAGGCACGAACGCAUGAAUGCACAUUUCUUGCGACUUGAUAUAGAGUGCGAGACGGAGAAUGCAUUUGCAAUCUUGAGUAAAACUACACUUACUGAGAAAUAUGUCAAUAGUUUAGAGUAUUUCCUCAUGGAGUUCAGAUGGGAAAACAAGCUUGUUGGUUUAGGAUUGAAGCUCAGAGAAUCAAAAAGGACUUGGCAGAGACGCAAAGCGUUAUUUACUCUAUUCGAAUUUUGGAGAGAUCAAUCAAGGCGGAAGAGGAACUUCAAAAACUACACAAUAUUACACGCAGUUAAGGAAAUGGAAAAUUAUAGAAUCUUUAUCAACAGAUCUGUCUCAUGGUUUUACAAUCACAUUACUCUGCUCAAGAUGAUCCUUUACGAUCUUUGUGAUAACGUCGAUACUCAAUGGAGAGAAUGGAUGUUUAACAAGGAUGAAGCAUUGCCCACACAGGGUGUCAACAAUGUCAAUGACGACAAUAUCAACGAAGCUAUCGAUAACGUAUUAACGCUAGAUUUUCUGGAUGAUGGAACGCAGAAUAACCAGGUCAAAUCUUCGAAAGUCAUCCCACCCACGCAAUAG